UCCGCCGGCGGCUGUGCCCGCUCGCUGAUCCAGAGCUCCCGGCAGUGGGAGGGGGACGCUCCUUGCCCUCCAAGCCCGUAGUGGAGUGCACGAAGAAAGGCCAUCGCCACCCUGGAAUGCUCCCAGUGGAGGUGCCUCGCCGGGCGGAUACUGUACACGAGCUCCACGGCGAGGCAGAGGCGGUUGACAUUCCACCUGAGCCACUGGACCGCGUCGUCUG